UAUAAAAACUGAAGCAGUAGACUUUGUAAAUAUUAACAUUUGAAUCAUUCUCAAUACUUUUGGCCAUAACUGUAGUAGGUGGAACCUUUAAAGCUACACACUCUUGUACAGUAGGUGGUGGUAUUCACCUGUAAAUUGUGUGUAAUCUGCCAAAUAAAGCAAAUGAAGGAGAUAUCACAUUGUCAGGUCGUCCGUCAUUCGACCCUGUUCUGGUCUCACCCAUGCCGUGUUGCUGGUUCCUGUCAUUCCUGCCAUAUUAUGAGUCAUCCAUCUUCCUUAUUCCAUCUUCCUUAUGCUUGACGCAUCCAAAUAACGGCAUUCUAAUGGCUGAAAGUUUCCGCUACGCACACACAUGGGAAAAAUUCUAACUCUAAGAGGGCAGACCAGCCAAAAACGGAGAACAGGCUCAUCUACCUCGAGCCACCUCUUUCUCUCUGCCUUUAUUAUCAACUUCAAAGAAGGGACAGGGGGGGUUCAGGAAUUCACAACAUGGGGGUCGGCACACAAAGAGCUGGAUAAGGCAAGACAUUCCUUAUCUGUAGAGGCAUUUGUUCUACUGUGUGAAGUUAAAACAAUAGAACAUUCCUGCAGGCCAGCUCUUGAAACUGACUAAAUGCCUGUAACUUAAUAAAAAUAAAAUGAUUACAUUCACAUUCACCAACAAUUCCCUCCUGUUUAUCAUUUUAUUUACAAUUGAAGCUUAACUUAACCUACCUCAAGUACUCAUUUCUUGCAUGCUGCAUUUUCAAUGAGACUGUCAUAUUGUUAAGCAUUUAACAAGGGGAAACUUAAACUACGGGUUGUAUUUCUUCAAGAGGGAUUUGUGAAAGCAUUUGAUAUUGAAACAUUAAAUUUCCCAUAGUUUUAGCAAUCAUAGAUUUUAGGCAUGGGAUUUCACAAGCAGUAAAACACAAGAAAUAACAAGAACAAUAAUAAUGGGUAUCAUUACUUUGAGCAAAAGGUGCCACCAGGAUCCUGAAAAGAACCAGGAAAGGAAAUCCAUAGUUAGAGGAACAGCAUCUUGGGACAUUGCUUGUUGCAGAUUCUUUAAAGCAGACAUCGCUUCAGUAACAUGAGUUUUAUUAGCAUCAGAAAUGUAUGUACAGCAGGAUAUUCCAAUCAUUACACAUACGCCACCUUGGCUAGCAGUUAACAUGUCCAAAACCAUUCUGUUUUACAGUACCAUUAAACGCAUUUCACUUAAUUGUUUGUUUUGUCCUUUAUUGAUGUCCAUCGUCAUGUUCACCAGGGUCGUCAUUCUGUAGUCCAAUGUCUCUCUCGAUCAUCAGCAUAGAUUUACCAAUUCCAAACCACGGGAAAAGUGGAAGUCCUAUUUUGUUCCCUGUGCUCCAGCGUUUAUGUUCAGAGGGAACAUUGGAACCCCAUAUGGGAUCAUGGGGUUGGAACACUGAGCUGGAGCUGAUAUCUCUUCUCCUCCUAUUAGAGUGAUGGUCUUUCACAGCCUGAGCUGAGAUGAUGACAGUGUGGUCAGAAACAUACACAGGUGCACAUGUGCCUGACCAGUUUACAGGCAAUGAUGGAUAGAUGCUGUCUCCUCCACACAGGAACCAGCCACCCUCUGUAGGAAAGUUGACUUGUGGUUUCCAAGUAGAAACUUGUGGUUUCUAGGUGAGCGAAUACACACUGGAUGUUUCAUUCCUUUAGGCAUAACAGCCUUCAUCUUGGUGGGAUAACCUGUAACUUUGCUGUUAGAGAACAGUGACAAGACUUUUCUCCGUUGCACACCCAUUCCAUCAUAAUCUUCCAGUCGUGGCGUUCAUUUACUGAGCAGGCCUAAAUUGGAAUGCAUAUGAUGCAAAACAAAUAGCCUGUGAGGUGUUCAUGGGGGUUAUGUACAAGGUAGGCUGCUUGGUAGAUUUAGGCAUGACAGAACACACAUAGCAAUCAGUCUUGUUAUGCUGCAGGACUAUAGCCCUUGCUUAUGUUUCCCAUAGGUUGUCAACAUGAUGGUUUGGGAUAUUACCCAGCCAAAUCUUCAUGGCAGUGGAGUGGAUGAACCUCUUUCCUCUCUCAUUUACCGGAUCUGGACUCAAACAGAUAAUGCACGCAACAGCCACAACGCAAAAGAGGCCCCAUCUCCAUGGGAACCCCAUUUUUACUCGAUGAGCAGAGAUGUUAAUUUUACCCAGGACUCUAAAGAACAGGGAUCGGUUGAUUUCUUCACCGACGUUGAGACAAGUGGCCCUAAAAAAACCACACCCCUUUGUAGUCGGACUUCCCCACUGUUCCAACCUUAGGCGUUUAACACUCUGUAACUUACAGUGGCUGAGGUUAAUCCAGGAUGGUUUUUCAGUGAUCUUCACAGCUGUUGACAUGGUCAGGAGCACUUGGAAUAGUCCUUCCCACCUUGGGCUCGCCCAGUUCUUUCUUCUGAUGACUUUGAUGAACACCCAGUCCCCUGGUCUCACUGCUUGUGGAUCCUGUGGAGACAAAGGUUCUCCUGGCAGUAAAUUUGCAUUGGACACUUCUUUAGACUGCAACAUUUCUCUCAUGUGGUCUGCUAGUGACUUUUCUUCCUCCUUAGGUGGCAUUUGUGUUGUAAACAGCGGUAAUUUGUAUGGUCUGCCAUGUAUUAUUUCAAACAGAGUCAAAUCACUGCUUGUUGGAGUUAUUCUCAUGUACAGUUUCACUAGGUCCAGACACUCUGUGAUAGUUUUAGUUAUUUGUCUUAGUUUUAGUCUUAGUUUGGGUUUCUAUCUUAGGUUUGGGCUCAGUGGUUAUUUAUGUUUUGGGUUGGUUUAGUUUAGUUUCUGUGCCCUUCCAAUUAUUUUUCGUCAGCUUGCUUCCUCCUUCAGCCACUUCCCUUCCCCUGAUUACCUCCACCUGUUGUGGCCAACUAGCUCACUUUGCUCACCUUUGUUUUCCUCCCUAUUUAAGCCUGCCUCCUCUGCCACUUCCCUGCCAGAACGUCUCUAUCCUCACGGUGCAAACUUACAGCUAUUUCUUGUCCUGCCUGCCUAUCUGUAAUUCUGACCUGUAUUCUGCUUUCCGGUACUGAGCCUACCCGACCCCUGUCUGGAUUCUGUUUGCCUGCCUGGGAUUUUGACCUGAGCUGUUGCUGGACUUCUGCAUGAUUCUGACCUGGAUUGUCUGCUGAUGAACCCAACCCUUGCCUGCCUAUGGUUGGAGCAUGAUGGAACACAAUCCUGGCCAAGGGGGUGGUUUCUAGCAGCAGAAAAUCAGCAAUACUGGCAGCCCCCUAGGCCAUGUUGCAACCCUGUGUCUUUACUAGCUUAUUAAACAACUUGGCCAUCCUAACAUUUCUUAGCAUCUGGAAUACGGUGUUCAAAGACAGCUGCAUCACUCGCCCUGCUUCAUGAGCCAGCAGGAUGCAGCUGAGGUCCUCGCACUCUCCGAGCGCCUCCUCAUAGCUUCCCAUAGAGGACAAGCCGACAAUGUGGUCCAGCUUAUCAACAAAGGUGCAAAAGUAGCUGUCACCAAGUAUGGCAGAAGUCCCUUGCACUUGGCUGCCUACAAAGGUCACCUUGAGGUUGUGCGCAUCCUUCUGAAAGCUGGUUGUGACCUGGACAUUCAAGAUGAUGGGGAGCAGACAGCCUUACAUCGUGCUGCUGUGGUGGGAAACUCUCACAUUAUCAGUGCACUUAUCGAGGAAGGGUGUGCACUGGAGAGACAGGAUAAGGAUGGAAACACAGCUCUCCAUGAGGUCUCCUGGCAUGGAUUCAGCCAGUGCGUCAAACUGCUGGUGAAGGCUGGAGCAAACGUUCAUGCCAAGAAUAAGGCAGGGAACACAGCUCUCCACCUAGCAUGCCAGAACGGUCACACUCAGAGCUCCAAGGUUCUGCUCCUUGGAGGAUCCCGGCCUGACAGCAAAAACCAGGCAGGGGAAACCUGUUUGCAUGUGGCAGCCCGCUACAAUCAUGUGGCUAUGUUACGCAUCCUACUUGGAGCCUUUUGCUCAGUGUCUGAGAAGAACAUGGUUGGAGACACUCCACUCCACAUGGCAGCUGCCCUGAAUCACAAGAAGACAGUACGUUUGCUGUUGGAGGCCGGAGCAGACGUUCACAUCCAGAACAAUGCGAGUCAGACUGCUCUGGACCUGGCCAGAGAUCAAAACAACCCAGAGGUGGCUCUACUUUUAACUAAGGCUCCCCAGGUGCAGAGUUUCAUGCGUGGUAGGAGUCUGAGGAAGAGAAGAGAGAAACUGAAAGCUGAGGGCCGAGCUCGAUCAGUGCCCAGAGAUGAAAUGUUCAGCUGUAAUGACAGUGCAUCUGCUGCAGACGACACCAAGAGCAGCGACCCAGCAACUCUUCAACAAACUGGUUGGACAGAGUCAAACACCAGAAGAGAGAAGGUCAGGAAGCAGAAAAAAAAGCCCUCUUUAUCCGAACCGCUUCGCCAGAGAGAGACCAGGCACACCGAAGCUAUUCACAGGAGGAAAAACAAACCACAGGGAGCCUCCCCUUAUGCAUCCAUUCCGCCUCACAGCUAUAAAGCUUAUCAGCUUUACACACUAUAUAGGGGCAAGGAUGGCAAGAUCAUGCAAGCUCCGUUGAACGGCUGCCGCUGUGACCCACUUAUCAGUAAACUGGAAAACCAGCUGGAGGCCACCAAGGAGGAGAUGAAGAAUGAGAUCCAUACGAUCGAAGACAUGAUGAACAAAAAGUUGGGUCAGUUGGACCGCAAGAACAAACACCAGAUCCGAGCUCUUGAUAAGAUGACGGUGGAGAGGGUGUCUGCAGAGAAGAGCGAGUGUCUGCAGAGGAUCGAGCAGUGGACUAUGCAGCAGCGACUGGAAGCAGAGAAGAGACAGACGUCUCUGGUUACUGAGCUGAAGAGCUGGUGUCUGUCCAAACUACAGAACAUGGAGGUCCACUUGAUGGGAGACUCUGGCACCAAGCUGCAGCGCUCUUCUUCUUUAGCUGACAAUCUGAAUGAAGCUGAUGGAGCCAGCAGCACCGUUCUGCCUGCUGAACUGGGGUGCAGGUCUCAACUUCCAGAGCUCUCCAAAGAGCAUGGGUUACCAGAGUCCUGCCGGCCAGAACCCAGUAAGGUGGAGAGUGGAUCAGCCAACCACUACUUUGUGGUUCAUGUGGAGAACUCUCCAGAUGGUGAGAAGGACCAUAAAACAAUCGCCCCAUCUCAAGCAGCAGCACCGCUGUCAUCUGUCCAAGUAGUCCGGCCAAAGGAGCAUUCUGGGAUCUCUGCAGACACUCAGAAGAAAAAACAGAACCUGCAGAAAAGGGACCUGGUGGACACUAGGGAUGGUCAGAGGCAGAGGCACAGAGCCAGCAGCCUUUCUCCAGCCACGGAGCGCCGCUGCAGCAGCAGAAAUGUAGACAGAGGCCGUGACAGAAUGAAGCACCAUGAGAAACAUUUGCGAGAAAGGACUAAGUCCAGAGGUGGUGCAGGGAUCAGGACCCUGGAGGUUUUCGGAGACCAGGCUAGUGGGCCCUCCUUUGCUCAGGAGAGGGACAACAUGCAUGCCGUAGAGGUGACCCAGUACUUCUUCGAGGCAGUGUCUACACAGAUGGAGCGCUGGUAUGAAAGGAAGGUGCAGGAGGCUCGCUGGCAGGCUGAUCAGAAGGCUCAGGCAGAUAAAGCUGCUCUGAUUGAGAGGAUUGCAAAUCUGGAAGAGGAGCUUCGUGUAAUGAGGACGAGUCGACAUGACGAAUAUUGACAAUGCUUCAGAGCAUUCUUUCCCAGUGUGUGGCGCUACGUGGAGGUACCUGGCUUCUCCAUCUAUGUGUUGUAGGAAGGAGCAAGUAAUGUGUACAUAUGGUUCUUUCAUUAAAAGUAGAAUCUUUUGUAAUGUUCCCUCACAUGAUGCUGAUCACCAAGAUCCACAAUAAAGAACAAGUCUCGUUUUUGUUCCAA